AUGGGCCUCUUUUCACGCAAAGAAAAGACUUCUCCUUCGAAUGGUUCAUCAUCAAGAACAAACUCUACACAAUUAACUGAAGUUCAAUCUUUUCGCUCAUCACAAUCCUCACUAAAAUCACCCUCCACUCCUGGCUUCUCAAGAAUGUCUAUCCCCACCAUACCCAAGAUCGCACUUCCCAAGGCACCAGAUCCAAAUGUCGACCCAGCUGGAUAUUUGAGGAGCAUUGGUGCUGUACGGGAAAGAUGUGGCAUCGUAUUGGAGAAGGCCAAGAAGAAUGAUUUGAAUCACUUCGAAGUUGAUAUGGGACGAUUUAAAGAUACCACAAAGUUUGUCGUCUCUGUGAUCAAGCGCGAUUUUGCACCCGAUUACAACGCCAUCCCCCCUCACGGUCGAUGGCAACAUUUCAACGUGGGAGGUAGAGAUAGAAUCGGAGAACUCCUAGGAAGCUGGCCAAGCCAAGUUGAUCCUUCCGAACGUUGUCGCCGAAUUCUCGAUCUCUUCCUCAUAUCCGUCCUACUCGAUGCUGGCGCCGGUACAUCAUGGAAGUACAAGAGUGUUGAGAGUGGUCGCACAUAUAGGCGAAGUGAAGGCUUGGCAAUUGCCAGUUUGGAAAUGUUCAAGGCUGGUACCUUCAGUAGUGAUCCAGAACAGCCACACCAAGUCGAUGCAGAUGGAUUGUCCCGAUUGACUGUGGAGAUCAUGAGCUCAGGUCUACAAGUCACUGAGCAGAAUCCGAUUGCUGGUUUGGCGGGUAGAACUGGUUUACUGGUUAAACUUGCUAAAGCUUUGCGAAAUCCUUCUCUCUUUGGUGCAGAUGCUCGACCUGGAAACAUGCUAGAUUUCCUCAUCUCCCAUCCUUCUACACAAGCCGCAUCUGUACCAAUCGUUCCUCUACCCACCUUGUGGAGUGUCCUGAUUGAUGGUCUUGCACCAAUCUGGCCAGCAUCUCGCACAGAAGUUGAUGGUACAUCCAUAGGUGAUGCAUGGCAUUUAACUACCAUGCCUGCAGAUGCCGCAACCCCUCUUUGGGAGACAAUCGUUCCUUUCCACAAACUCUCUCAGUGGCUUUGUUACUCUCUGAUGCAACCAAUGACUAAGCUCAUGAACAUACAUUUUGCCGGAGCUGAAUUGUUGACUGGUUUACCCGAAUAUCGAAAUGGAGGUCUGUUCAUUGAUACUGGCGUAUUGACGCUGAGAAGAGACGAAACAAAGAGAGGCCUCGAAGCAUUCCACCGAAAUGCAGAGAGAGAAGGCAAACCAAGUUUGGAAGUCGUUCCAAUGUUCACACCAGAUGAUGAUGUGAUUGUUGAGUGGAGAGCUGUGACCGUUGGAUUCCUAGACUUGUUAUUGGAAGAGGUCAAUACCAGUCUAGGACUUUUCGGUCAAGACAAGUUAUCUCUGCCACAGAUGUUGGAGGCUGGCAGCUGGAAGGGAGGCAGAGAAAUGGCCGAAAUCUCACGACCUAACACUCAAUGUCCACCAAUUGCCAUUCUCAGUGAUGGAACAGUCUUUUAA